AUGUCUUCUUCUGUACCUUCUUUUGAUAGCCUUGACAAGAUUUACGAUCCCAGUGCUGUUCCUAAACAAAGCAAACGAUACCAACACCUUAUUGAUGAAUUUGAACGUGCUCAUGGACGCAAGGCCGAGUUUGUCGUUCGAUCACCUGGUCGUGUCAACUUGAUUGGUGAACAUAUCGAUUAUUGUGGUUUUGGUGUUCUUCCCAUGGCUAUCGAACGCGACGUGGUGAUUGCUGGUGCUGUCACGGAUGAAGACACAAAGGUGCGCAUUGCAAAUGUCAACAGUGCCAAAUAUCCUGCACGUGAAUUUGAUUAUGAAGGAAAAGAAAAGGUGGUCUCGAUCGAUUCAACCAAGUUGGAGUGGUCCAAUUACUUCAAGUGUGGUUACAAGGGCAUGCUUGAAAAAUUCCAGUUGGACAAGCCAAAGGGCUUAUUCUUGCUCGUAGACGGUACUGUACCUGCCGGAGGUGGACUCUCUUCUUCUGCAGCAUUUGUGUGUGCAUCUGCCCUUGCGGUCAUCACCGCUAACAAGUUGACGAUAUCCAAGACUGAAUUAACAGAAAUUGCCAUCGUUGCCGAACGCAAUGUCGGUGUGAACUCGGGUGGUAUGGAUCAAAGCGCAUCUGUGUUAUCUGAAAAGGACUUUGCCCUUCACGUUGAGUUUGUGCCCAAGCUACAUACAUUCCCUGUGCCCUUGCCCAAGACCGAUCCACAGCUUGCAUUUAUUAUUGCCAACACACUGGUCACUGCUGACAAGCUUGUCACAGCUCCUCGUAACUAUAAUCUUCGUGUGGUCGAAACUCGUAUGGCCGCUACUUUCCUUUCCAAGGCACUUCAACUACCACCUGUUGAUACCCUCAAGGAAGUCUAUGAUGCUUACUUUAAAGAUUCAACUCUCAAGACCGACAGGAAAAAGUUUGAACACCUCUUGUCCAAGGCCCUGGAACACUUUCCUCAAGAUUCGACAAAUGGCAACGGUUACACACUUGAUGAAGUUGCAAAGAUGUUGGACAUGUCUGUAAAGGAAGUACAAGAAAAAUACAUGAGUCGUUUCCAUGUCGAGACCGACUAUUUCCGUCUUGUGCAUCGCACCAAGCAUGUCCUGACAGAAGCCUCCCGUGUGGUCGAAUUUGACGCGAUCUGUAAACACAGUGAUGGUGAAGAUGGGCUCAAAGCCCUUGGUGAACUCAUGAAUGCCUCUCAAGUCUCUUGCUCACAAGACUUUAUGUGUUCUUGUCCCGAGAUUGAGCAAGUCUGUGAAAUCGCUCGUAAGCAUGGAUCCCUCGGCUCCAGAUUAACAGGUGCUGGCUGGGGAGGAAGCACAGUGCAUUUGACAACCGAGGAACGUGUGCCUCAGUUGAUCCAAGCUCUCAAAGAUGAGUUUUACCGCAAGGCGUAUCCCAAUAUCACCCCAGAGGAAUUAGAGGCUGCGAUUAUUGCUACCAAGCCCUGUUCUGGUGCUGCUAUCUUUACUGGCUUCUAA